CAGUGGUGGUGGCAGUGGUGGUGGCAGUGGCAGCGGGGGCAGCCAUACUCAAACAACCGCCGAGCGAGGAGCGCGGCGCGGUGUAGAAAUGAAACGAUAAUACAGCACGUUGAAACGCUCACGGCUUAGGGACGAGGCGCAAGGCGUGAGUGUGACCGAUUGGGCGUAAAAGAAUUAGAAGACAGAAAAGAAUCAGGGCGGAAGUGCGGCAAAGUUCGCAGAGGAAAAGGAAAGAGUGUGUCGACGAAAAGAAGGGGGCUCCGCCGUCGAAUCUCGGUGGUGGCACGGAGUGGACGGUAUGAGCGCAAAGACGGACGUUAACAGGCGAGUCCUAGCGAUUCAGGCCAAAAAGAAGAGGCACAAGCCGAGUAAAAGAAAAGGGAAGGGUAAUUCUCAGGGUGAUACGGACUCAACUACCGGACAAUGCUCAAAAGUACAACCAGCCGCCGCACGGCAAGGACAAGGAUCCGACUUCUUUCAAGAUCCCUCUUCGGGACAGAGACCAUACUCCAGCGAUAAUGGAAAUAGAUUGGAACCAUGUCACAGCUCGAGCAAUGAAACGAUAGAGGAUGACGAUGAAGUGUAUAGUAGCGAAGAUGAAGAGCAGGAAGAUAGCAGUGAUUAUUGCAAAGGAGGUUAUCAUCCUGUGAAGAUAGGGGAUUUGUUUUUAAGUCGUUAUCAUGUGACUCGAAAACUUGGCUGGGGUCAUUUCUCUACAGUCUGGCUUUGCUGGGAUCUACAGGAUAAACGAUUUGUGGCCCUCAAAGUAGUAAAAUCUGCAACACAUUUUACUGAGACUGCUUUGGAUGAAAUAAAGUUAUUAAAAGAUGUACGUGAUAUCGAUCCUAGCGAUCCUAAACGAAAUAAGACCGUCCAAUUGCUCAAUGACUUCAAGAUCAGUGGCAUUAAUGGUCUUCAUGUUUGCAUGGUAUUCGAAGUGCUUGGACAUAAUCUCCUUAAAUUGAUUAUAAAAUCUAGCUAUAGAGGAAUUCCAAGGAACAAUGUUAAGCGCAUCAUCCGCCAAGUCCUUGAAGGUCUUGAUUAUCUUCAUAAUAAAUGUAAAAUUAUUCAUACAGAUAUCAAACCUGAAAAUGUUCUCAUAUGUGUAGAUGAAACUUAUAUAAGAAAAUUAGCUUGUGAGGCAACCGAAUUACAUUCUUUGGGUAUAAAAUUACCUGUUUCUUUAAUUUCUACUGCGCCGAAAGAAUUUCAAGAACCCACGCCAAAUUCCAAAAUGUCUAAAAAUAAAAAGAAGAAAUUGAAGAAGAAAGCUAAACGGCAAAACGAAUUAUUGAAGAAACAAAUGGAACAGAUAGAGGAAAUAGAAGAACAAAAUAAACUUGCAAAUAGUACAAGAGAAAAUGGUGAGUUGGAGACAAAUAGUCCGGAUCAAGAUGUGAAUACAGAAAGUAUAGAGGAUAAUACAGAAAGUAAAGGUUCUCCUGAUAUCUCAGAACCAUCUGUACCAUCGUUACACAUCAAUGGAGUGGAUGGUUUAGCAGGUGGAGAAAAAAUAGAAAAUCAAUCAACCGAUCGGUCGGAGAAAAUGGAAAAUGUGACUUUAUGUGAUGUAGACAAAAGUUGUGGUGAAAGUACUCUACCACGAGAUGCAGAAGAUACGGACGAAUGUAGCGAAGGACGUAAUUUAAAUCCACCGGAGAGUAAACAAUUAAAACGAGCAUCUGUGGCACCACUUGAUCCAGCUACGGUAGAUUGUGAAGUUGAAGUAAAGAUAGCUGAUCUUGGAAAUGCAUGCUGGGUUCAUAAAAAAUUUACAGAUGAUAUACAAACACGACAAUAUAGAUCUUUAGAAGUUUUGUUAGGAUCAGGAUAUGAUACUUCUGCAGAUAUAUGGUCCACAGCAUGUAUGGCAUUUGAACUAGCAACUGGUGAUUACCUUUUUGAACCACAUAGUGGUAAGGAAUAUUGUAGAGACGAAGACCAUCUAGCUCAUAUUAUAGAGCUACUUGGAGAAAUACCUAGACGUAUAGCGCUCUCUGGAAAAAAUUCGAAAAUGUACUUUAACAAAAAGGGUGAACUGAAGCAUAUUACCGGAUUAAAGCCAUGGGGGCUUUAUGAGGUGCUUACAGAAAAGUAUGAUUGGUCACCGAGUGAAGCACGCGAAUUUGCUGAAUUUUUAACUCCAAUGUUAGAAUUUGAUCCGAGUAUGCGAGCAACAGCUGCUGAGUGUCUGAAGCACCCAUGGUUGCAAAUCAAGUGAUCCUGCUUUUAUUUUAUUUUCUUUUAUUUUAUUUCAUUUUUUUUUCUUUUUUUUAAUUCUUUUAUCUUUAAAUUUCUGAGAUCCUCACUCUUUACCACCUUGAUGCAAUUACAAGUCGAGAGUGUAAUAGGAAGCAGAAGUCAGAAAAAAAUUUUUAUACCCAAUUAUAGUUUCAAUUUUCAAUAUAAAAGGAAUACAUUACUAGGAGCGCACAUCCUAUAUUUAUUUCAUAUUUUGGGCCAUAAAAGAAUUUUAAGACACAGCCUAUAUAUAUAUGACACAAACGUAGCACAUCAUAAUGUAAAAAUAUACGCGAAUAAUUCGUUCGACGAUAAUAAAUUCUACUGAUAAAUGUCUCGAUAUUAUUAGGAGUUAGACAACAUUUAUAUAUAUAUAAAAAGGAAAGAAAAAAAAAAAAAAGAAAAAGAAAAAAGAAAAAAAAAAAGAAGAAAAAGGGUUAGAAAUCAAUUCUAUGAAAUUUCGUUAUACAGUGAGGUAUGCUUCCUAAUGAAAUACUCUCGACAUCACCCGCCUAUACGUGUAUUUAUAAAUUUGUUAAAUCAUAUUUUUCAUUUAGCGAUGACAACUUAAAUUAAAGUUAAUAGUAUUUUAUUACUUUA